AUGAGUAUGAUGCUGUCCAACCCUCUCGUACCUGUGCAUUUCAGUUUGAUCGACAGCCUUCGAGAAGAUGCGUUUGCGGCAACACUCAAGUUCGGGAGAUUGAUGUGGUGCAUCUUCGACAACGAGCGUCGUCCUCGCCAACGUGCCUACACGGGCUACCACGUGGAUACUCCAUCGAGUGAUACAUCCCCACCACAAACACUCGGCUCGGUCGACCUGCAUUGUGAUUUCAAUACUAGUAGCACGUUUGAGGCGAUGUGUUCGGCUAUAUGCUCGGCUAUGGUGACGAACCAGAGCACCAAAAAACUUUGCAUGUACAUCUCGAUGCCAGCCGAUAGGAUCAAUAAUGCUGAAUGCGUACGCAAAUGGAAAUGGCUCACUUACGCCUUUUUCUCGAAUCGAGCUCGCCAGUCCUCAGCACUCGAGUCGCUAGUACUUGCUUUCCAUGACAGUUUGGCGGUCGAAUACGCCGAAGCCUUUGCGUCGAUCUUGACAUCGGACCACCCAGACGAAGAUCUUUGCGGCUGUCCAAGUCCCACAUAG